AUGGUUGACACAGAGAUGCCAUUUUGGCCCACCAACUUUGGGAUCAGCUCCGUGGAUCUGUCUGUCAUGGAUGACCACUCCCACUCUUUUGACAUCAAACCCUUUACCACUGUUGACUUCUCCAGCAUUUCCACCCCACAUUAUGAAGACAUUCCAUUCACAAGGGCUGACCCCAUGGUUCCUGAUUACAAGUAUGACCUGAAACUCCAAGAAUGCCCAAGUGCUAUCAAAGUGGAACCCCCAUCCCCUCCUUAUUAUUCAGAAAAAACCCAGCUCUACAAUAAGCCUCAUGAAGAGUCCUCGAAUUCCCUUAUGGCCAUCGAAUGCCGAGUCUGUGGGGAUAAAGCUUCUGGGUUCCACUAUGGUGUACAUGCUUGUGAAGGCUGCAAGGGUUUCUUCCGGAGGACAAUCCGUUUGAAACUUAUCUAUGACCGGUGUGAUCUGAACUGUCGGAUCCACAAAAAGAGUAGAAAUAAAUGUCAGUACUGCAGGUUUCAGAAGUGCCUUGCUGUGGGGAUGUCACAUAAUGCGAUCAGGUUUGGGCGGAUGCCACAGGCCGAGAAGGAGAAGCUGUUGGCUGAGAUCUCCAGUGAUAUCGACCAGCUGAACCCAGAGUCUGCUGAUCUCCGAGCCCUGGCAAAACAUCUGUAUGACUCAUACAUAAAGUCCUUCCCUCUGACCAAAGCCAAGGCGAGGGCGAUCUUGACAGGAAAGACGACAGACAAAUCACCAUUUGUUAUUUAUGACAUGAACUCCUUAAUGAUGGGAGAAGACAAGAUUAAGUUUAAGCACAUCACACCCCUGCAGGAACAAAGCAAAGAAGUAGCCAUCCGCAUUUUCCAGGGGUGUCAGUUCCGUUCUGUGGAAGCCGUCCAGGAGAUCACCGAAUACGCCAAGAACAUUCCGGGUUUCGUCAACCUUGACUUGAAUGACCAAGUGACCCUCUUGAAGUAUGGUGUCCAUGAGAUCAUCUACACCAUGCUGGCCUCCUUGAUGAAUAAAGAUGGGGUUCUCAUAUCCGAGGGCCAAGGAUUCAUGACGAGGGAAUUUCUGAAGAGCCUGAGAAAACCCUUUGGUGAUUUUAUGGAGCCCAAGUUUGAGUUUGCUGUAAAGUUCAAUGCACUGGAAUUAGAUGAUAGCGACCUAGCAAUAUUUAUAGCUGUCAUCAUCCUCAGUGGAGAUCGCCCUGGUUUGCUGAACGUAAAGCCUAUUGAGGACAUCCAGGAUAACUUGUUGCAGGCCUUGGAGCUCCAGCUCAAGCUGAACCACCCUGAAUCGUCCCAACUGUUUGCCAAGUUGCUUCAAAAAAUGACAGACCUCAGACAGAUUGUAACAGAGCACGUGCAGCUGUUGCAAGUUAUCAAGAAAACAGAGACGGACAUGAGCCUUCAUCCACUCCUACAAGAGAUCUACAAGGACUUGUAUUAGCAGGAGUCCUAACCCACUGACAGCGUGUUCCUUCUUCCAAUUGCACUAUUUCUUUGAGGGAAAACAUGACAUGCCUAAGAAAUUACUGUGAAAAAAAAAAGCAUUUUAAAAAAGGAAAGAGCUUUAGAAUAAUAAGAUCUAUUUUAUGCAUAUUGUUUUUAAAAGACACAUUUACAAUUUACUUUUAAUAUUAAAAAGUGACUAUAUCAUGAAAUUGCUGGCAGUAUUUGGAGAAUGAGUCUGGUGUUGUGGGGUUGUGUCUUGUUUCCAUUUUUAUUUUAGCCCCUCUUUUUUCACAGUAUUCUGAUUGGUGUUUUUUUUUAACUGUGGAUGACACUGCCCAUAAAUCUUCAUCUUAAAAUAAAUUAAUUUCUUUGACUCCAUCUACAGGAACCAUUCUAAAACAUCUGAUAUCACGUAUUCACAAAGAGUCCUGAGGAUUCCACUGUAGCCUUCUCAAGAGCUUAUAUUUCUCAAUCUGGAUUGGAUUAGAAAUCAGGAGUAGACUCUGUCCCAGAAUGGUUGGCUUUAAGAAGCCAGCCUUUUUUCGUGACCCUGUACCUAUCUUCCAAUACUAUCAGAUGCAUCCUAUUCAGGUGGCCUGCUCAUAUAUUGUAUAUGUGCCCCAUGAUCCUAGAUCUGGAGCUAAAAGGGACCCCAGAGGCCAGCUAGUUCAACCCUCCUAUUUUAUGGUUGAGGAAUCAGAGGCAGAUAAAAGUGACUUGGAAGUAGUGACAUAGGGAGUAAACACCACAGGAUUUGAACCCAGCCCAUUUACCUCUGGAAGCAGUGCUCUUUCAACUAUACCUUAUACCUUAUUGCCUCUCUCUCUGUGAAGUAUUUAUUGAACAUCUAUUGUAUACCCCACACUGUGCUAGACACUGUUGGGGAGUUGAAUGACAUAGUCCCUGCCCUUUAAGGUAGAGUCCCCUUGAAAAAGACAAAAACAGCAUUCAUGUAUACAUUCAAAGAGUCUUUACUAAGCACCAGUUAUUUGCCAGGUACUAUGCUAGGUACUGAGAAUACAAAGAGAAGAAUAAAACUCCCUGUUCCAAAGACUUUAUAUUCCACAAGGGAAAACAAAAUGGACCCAGUAAAUCAUUACAAAAUAUGUCAUUUCUAGAGGGGGUGAGGAAAAGACCUUGGGAGAUAGGUAUUAAACUAAGUAUUAAAAGAAGCUAGGAAUUCUAAGAGGCAAUGGUGAAAAAGGAUUUCAUUCUAGAUGAGAGGGAACCGUCUUUUCAAAGGGAGAGGAGGUAGGCUACUUUAGCUAGAAUAGUAUUCUGCAUGCAAGGGGAUGAGGUAAAAACCAGCAUGGAAAAAUAAAAGCUGGAGCCAGAUUUUAAACAGAAAGAUUAGUGUUUUAUCCCAGAGAUGACAAAAUCACUGAAGCUUCUCUAACAGAGAAGUAACUUGAUUGGGCCUGGGCCUUAGGAAAAUUAAUUUGACAGCUAAAUAAGCAACAUCGAUUGGAAAGAGAAAAAAUUGCAGGCAGAAAGGCCAAUUAGCAGCUUAGUAAAAGAGUCUAAAGGAAGUGAAGACCUAAUUAGAUGGUGGUAUGGAUGAAAAGAAGGGACCAGAUAGGACUGCCGAGGAUGCCAAAUCAACAAGACUUGGAAACAGAUUAAAUAUAGGUAGGAUAGAGAGAAGAGUUGGGAAAAUUCUGAGAUUACAAAUUGCAGGCCAGUUAGGAAGAGGGAAGUGGGUUAGAGGAGAAAGAUAAUAGUAAGUUCUAUUUUGGACAUAUUGAAUUUUAGAUGUUUGUGGGAUAUAUUUGAAACAACUAGAGAAUACAAGAUAAUAUGUAAUCAAAGGCUAAGUGUACCACCGUACAGGCUAUAAAUACAAGAGGAAUCCAGAAAAGAGAGGGAUCAAUGAGAAGUGGAGCCUCAAAAAGCUACUGAAGUAGAUUAGCAUUAAGCCGGAAUAAUGAGGUUCUUAACCCUUUUUUGGGGGUGUGGGAAUGGAUCUUAGACCCCUUUGGUAGUUUGGAGAAAUUUAUAGACCCCCUUCUGAGAAUAAUGUUUUUAAAUACAUAAAAUAAAAUAUACAUGAUUACAAAGGAAACCAAUCAUAAUGAAAUUUAUUUGUCAAACCAUAUUUUUCAAAACAAGUUCACAAACCCCAGGUUCAAGAAUCUUUAAGGGAAGAUGAAGAGAAAUAUGAGAGAGCAUUGCAGAGUAAAAAUAAUUAAAAUAAACAAAGGUACAAAAGUAGGAAUGAGUUUUGUAGGAGACCGUAAGAAAAGUAAUCUUACUGUUCAAGUUCUCCUAUCUGUGACCGCUCCAGGGUCUAGAACCCUCUAGUUCACAUCUUUAUCUUGUCUAUAUUUACUCUCACUUGUAUUUUUCCUUCUGCCUUCACAUAUCCACUGUAUGCUCUCUCCUUGGAAUUCAUGGCUUUUACUUCAUAAAUCAUUUAUUAGCUCAAUUGGGGACAACUACGUCUAUCUAAGCCCCAGCAUCUUAGUGUCCUUUCUGUGCCCUUCACCAAUUUUUCCCUUCUCAAA